AUGCACAAGUGUGAAAAAGCGAUCAGCGAAGAAGACGCGGCCGAAAUUGUUGGGGAUGACUAUUCGAAAGAUGAAGUCAUGUCCAAGCACUGUAACUACCAGGAUCAACAGAUUGAUUGCUUGAAGAAUACCGACCUGAAAGCCAGCGAGCUGAUGGAUUGCAUGAGGAAAGAACUGAACCUGACGUCGGCUUUGUUGCGUAAAGCCUUGGCCAUUGAGCUUGGCGUCUCCAAGCUAGUCGUUGAUGGUGACUUGGUACCGUCAGCCGGCCCUGAGCUCCUCCUCAAUGCCAGGAUCCCGAUACUAACCGGAGUUGCACGCAGAGAAUGGGCCCAUAAGAAACCGCAAUUCUAUUCCCUUCCCAAGAAUAACAGCUUGGCGCGAAAGGACGUGGAAACGGCGGUGUAUCGAAUUAUCGAGAACUCGUUCCACGUUGGGGCUAAUGAUCGGUUAUCGAACGCCACUCUCCAUUUGAUCGCAAAUGCAUCAUUCGUGCGGUAUAUGGACGACCCGUCAAAUACCUACGAAACUGGACGAGUGGUUCAUGCUUUGCAAAACAUGGAAGCCGAUAUCGAGUUUGUAUCCCCGUGCCAACGUGAAAUCAACGCCUACGCGCAGAACGGGGUUCCGGUCUACGUCUACUCGUUUGAUUACGUCCCAGAAAGCCCGAUUUAUGAAGAGGAAAUGAAGACAUUCCAUCUUUUUGGCAAGGACCCGAUCAAGGUGGAGCGACGGGAUGGCGGGGAAAAACGUCUCGACGCCUUUCACGGCCUUGACCACGCCUAUAUCUUCUCAAGGGGCUACAGCAGCAAUUUUGAGAUAAAACCUUUUACGAAAAAGGACGAAACCCUGUCGACAAUGCUAACCAAUAUGCUGACGAAUUUCGUGAAAACCGGCGACCCCUCGACAAAACGCUUCGCAUUCCCACCCUUCACUAAUGAGAGCAGCCAAUAUGUGUCCAUCAACGUGCCGCCAAAAAUCGAAAACGGCGAUCUCCAUUGGCCAAGCCCGAAAUUUUGGAACGUUGAAGCGGAAUUGAUCUCAAAAUAUGUGCCCAGAGACGGGGAUACAGUCGCGGAUCCUGAUGCCGAUUUGACGAAUGAGGAACGGGUUCAGCUCGGCGCCUAUCGACGAGCCUGGUGGGCCCUCUGGGUCCUGGUGAUCAUUCUGGCGGUCGUCAUCUGGGGCAUCGUUGCCUAUUGUAUCCUCAGAAAGCAGUGUUCAGUUCGAUCAAAACCCUACGAUAACAUUGUCGUGCCGCGC